AUGCCUUGCCGCAUUUAACUCGAGUGUCCCGUUCUCCCACUCUCGUCCACUUCCAAUUUCUGGUCCCAGUUCACCUCUACAAAUCUGGCUUUGAUAUCUGGCAAAGCUCCCUCCAUACGCACUCCCAUCUCGCCAGAACACAUGGCGUCCCUCAAAGACAUUGGAGAUACCCUAAAGAAGGGCCAGUCGUACAUGAUGCACUCGCAGGGCGACAAAAUAGCAGACCUCGGCCGCAACACGGUCACGCCGUCGGCCCAAGGCAGGAUGACGUCGGACGCCGGCACGCGCAUGCCCAGCGCUGACGACUGGCUGCGGGUGGUGAGCGACCAGCACACGGGGCCGUCGCUGCUCGAGGACCAGCUGGCCCGCGAGAGGAUCCACCGCUUCGACCACGAGCGCAUCCCCGAGCGCGUCGUGCACGCUCGUGGCACUGGAGUGCACGGCAGGUUCACGCUGCACAAGAGCAUCGAGCACCUGACGUGCGCAAAGGUGCUGACGGACACGUCGCGCGAGACGCCCGUCUUUGUGCGCUUCUCGACGGUGCUGGGCAGCCGCGGCUCGGCCGACACGGUCCGCGACGUGCGCGGCUUCGCCGUCAAGUUCUACACGCCCGAGGGCAACUGGGAUAUUGUCGGCAACAACAUACCCGUCUUCUUCAUCCAGGACGCGCUCAAGUUCCCCGACGUGAUACACGCCGGCAAGCCCGAGCCCGACACCGAGGUGCCGCAGGCGCAGUCGGCGCACAACAACUUCUGGGACUUUAUGUACCAGCACUCCGAGGCCACGCACAUGUUCAUGUGGGCCAUGAGCGACCGUGCCAUCCCGCGUUCGUACCGCAUGAUGCAGGGCUUCGGCGUCAACACCUUCACCCUCGUCAACGCCCAGGGCGAGCGCCAUUUUGUCAAGUUUCACUUCACCCCCGAGCUCGGCGUCCACAGCCUGGUCUGGGACGAGGCCCUCAAGCUGGCCGGCCAGGACCCCGACUUCCACCGCAAGGACCUGAUGGAGGCCAUCGCCAACGGCGCCUUCCCAAAGUGGAAGUUUGGCGUCCAGGUCCUGCCCGAGAGCCGCGAGCACGACUUUGACUUUGACAUCCUGGACGCCACAAAGGUCUGGCCCGAGGACCUCAUCCCGGUCGACUACAUCGGCACGCUGGAGCUCAACAGAAACAUCGACGAGUUCUUCCCGGAGACGGAGCAGGUCGCCUUUUGCACCAGCCACCUCGUCCCCGGCAUCGGCUUCUCGGACGAUCCUCUCCUUCAGGGACGGAACUUUUCGUACCAGGACACGCAGCUCAGCCGCCUGGGCACCAACUGGGAGGAGCUGCCCAUCAACCGGCCCGUCUGCCCCGUCAUGAACUUCAACCGCGACGGCCAGAUGCGCCACACCAUCACCAAGGGCAAGGUCAACUACUGGCCCAACCGCUUCGGCAUCAACCCUCCAGCCUCGGCCGCCGAGGGCGCCUUCGUCGAGCACGCCACCAAGAUAGAGGGCAUCAAGGCGCGGGCCAAGAGCGCAAAGUUCAAGGACCACAUCUCGCAGGCCCAAAUGUUCUUCAACAGCAUGUCCGAGGUCGAGCGCCGCCACAUGCUCGCCGCCUUCUCGUUCGAGCUGGACCACUGCGAGGAGGAGGUGUACGGGAACCUGGUCAAGCGCCUGACGGAGCUCGACCUGGGGCUGGCCCAGAGCGUCGCCGAGAUGGUGGGCGCGCCCAUCCCGGAAAAGGCCACGGGAGCGCAGCAGAACCGCGGCCAAAAGUCGCGCGGGCUGAGCCAGCUCGAGUUUGUUCCCUCCAGCCCCACGGUCGCCUCCCGCAAGGUGGCCAUCCUCAUCGCCGACGGCUACGACCCGGUCGCCUACUCGGCCGUGCGCGCCGCCCUGGCCGCCACGCAGGCCAUCCCGCUCACCAUCGCGCCCAGGCGGUCCCCCAUCUACGCCGCCGGCGAGACUCGGGGCUCGGCCAAGGGCGUCAAGCCCGACCACCACCUCGAGGGCUUCCGCAGCACCAUGGUGGACGCCGUCUUCAUUCCCGGCGGCGCCGCGUCGGUCGAGACGUUGGCCCGGUCGGGGCGCGCCAUGCACUACGUCCGCGAGGCGUUUGGCCACCUCAAGGCCAUCGGCGCGUCGGGCGAGGCGGCCGGCCUGGUCGAGACGGCGCUGGCGCUGCCGCAGGUGGUCGUCUCGGGCGGCGAGGAGCCCGUCGAGUCGUACGGCGUCGUCACGGUUGGCAGGGUGAGGCCCGAGAGCCUCAAAGAGGUGGUGACUAUCGCCAAGGGCGCCACGGGCUUCAUGGAGCAGUUCUUCCACAGCAUCGCCAUGCACCGGAACUGGGCCCGCGAGAUUGACGGGCUCAACACGCAGGUUGCGUACUAGUCUGGCUUGGAGGAGGUUUUGACUGCUGCCGAUAUUUGCCCUUGGGCUGUGUAGUUAUAGUUGGUUCUUUAUGAAAAAUCACGAGGUCGAAUGCUAUUAUUUUCAAGUGUUUA